ACUGUUAAGUAACUCUCCACUUCUAAUGAUGAUGAAGUCAGCAGUGGGCUUUUCUUAACAAAGUCUGAAGGGCGUGGACCUGUGUUGACUUUUGAGGAGUGAUUUUUAUGUUUCAUCUUUGCAAAAAGAAACUAAACAAAGUGUUCUUUAAGUUAUCUUCGGAUGAAUUAUCGACAUGGAGAAACAGAGUGUUUUUGGCCUCCUGGCAGUACUGCUGUUGACGGUGUCGGGCUUUUCUUCGGCUGAAGAGAUAACAGAAUACUUUAAGGUUGGCGGUGAGCUCACGCUGAGGCCUACCUUCAAUGACCGCAUCACCAACAUCUUGUGGAAACUUAAAGGAUAUCUAGUGGCUGAAUGGAUCGAGAAAACGGUCCCGUUAGAAUAUUACGGCAGGUUCGAGGACCGCACAACCCUGGACAUACAAUCUGGGAGUUUGGUGAUGAAGAAUUUGAGUAUGGCCGACGAGGGGGAGUUUACAGUGGAAAUCAACAACAAGGUCCAUCCUCAGCGCUUCAUUGGUAAAGCCAUCAAGGAAGUGCCCAAGCCAGGGGUGUGGACAUCGCCACUGUCUUGUCACGCUGAAUUGGACAGUUGUGAGCUGUCAUGUGAUCCAGUGGAAGGAGACACCAACGAGGCUGAACCUAUCACCUACGAAUGGCAGGUGGAUGGCGGUACGUGGGGGGCGAUGGGGAAGACCAUACCAAUCACCAAGACUGGGAGCACCGGUGUGAAAACAUACACCUGUAAGAUGAAGAACCCAGUCAGUGAGAGGCAAAGUGAACUUAAAGACAACCCCUUCUACAUCUACUGAUGGACACUGUCAGGAACUUGAUAACAAAAUGCAGACAGCGAUGAGGUGGAGAUGGAGACCAAAUUACACUUUAGUCUUUAAAAAUCAUACAAAAAGGUUUAACAUAAUUUCAGCCAUGAUUUUUUAAAUCUUUUAUGUUCAACCAGUGUUCAAAAAAGCAUCAGUUUGCAUUACUCAAAUAAGUAGUUUAUACGCUAGUGACCUAAUCAGUAAUUAUGUUACUUGAAGAAGACUGUGUAAACUUACAUUCAAGAAAACAUUUUUUAAGUACAAAAAAAUCACAGUAUUACAUAUUCUAACAAUACAUAACCUUUACGCAUGCUGCAUGUCAAAGCAGAUGUAUUCUGUUUUAGAUAUAGGAUGAUAACCUCUGUUUAUUAUUUCAUUCUGGACUAAUCUGCUGCUUAUGGUCUGUAUUAACUCUGUGAUUGGUUUGUAAAAAAAAUGAAAAUGUUGAUAAAUGCCCUCAAUGCCAAAAAGGCUUCAGUGACUAAUUCAAGCCUUGUUUUUGUCAAAGAUUUUUGGAAAUUCACAGUUUUUAUAGCUUUUUUAUUAAAACUUUUUUUUUUUUUUUUUUAAUAAAACUUUUCUUUUCCUGAAAUUUUUUGAAAUGUUUGGUAUGUUUUUAAAAAUAUUUGUAUUUACUUUCAAUCUGAUCUUAGGGUCUUUACUUCUUGUGCUCUUGUCUUUCAUUUUUCACUGCGUAUCUUUCUUGUCUUUUUAAGCACUUUGUUAAAUUGUUAAGCAAAGUGCUAAAGAAAUCAAUCAUUUUAAUGUCGUUGUUUUUUUUAAAUAAUUAUUAUAACAUUAAAUAAUGC